GCGGUACGGUAACGGUCACACUAAGCCAGCUUCAAAAAAAACGUACAGAUUAAAACUGAAUAUCGGUAGCAUUUUGCGUCUUUUUUAAAGAAAAUCAAAGGGUACAGUUGAAAAUGGACUUAAAUAAUGAUAAUCAAAGAAAAGAUGUUGGCGUCCUGGCGCCGAACAAUCAGGAAAAUGAGGACGCCAAUGUCAAUGUAGGAGUAACAGGCACUCCAAUAGCCAAAAAAACCAGACGGGCGGUCCUCAGACGGAUGAAUGCCACAUCGGAGAGCGAAACCCUCACAAGUCCUGAUCCCCCGAAGACACCAGGAACCCUGGGAAAUCCACGCCAGACCGCCGAAACACCACGACGCAGUUGCCGAAAAAGUGUGCGUCCCCCAAUUGACUACGAUGAUAUUAUAGUGCGAUCUGCCAAGAAAGUAUUCGCCGAAGCACCAGAAGACAAACCCGAGGACGAGGAGGGCUCCACCCAAAAGUGGAGCGUUGCGGAAGUGGGCAAAAAUUCGCGCAAGCGCAGUCGUAAGUCCAAACGUGUGGCCACCAAAAAGCAGAAAACGGAAAAAGAGGAUCCACUGGAUGAGGUACAUGAAAAUCCUAAAUCGCAGCAAAAGAUUCCAGAGGGUGAGGUCGAGCAGCGUCCAAUUGAAGAGAAUAUUGCAGAGAUGCAAGCAGAGGAAAAUGUAAAAAUGGAGAAGACCCCAACAAUUAAAGCAUCAAAAACUGAUGAUAAGCCACAGAAACCGGUUACUCAUGAAAAAGCGGCAUCUAAAUUUAUGUCUAUGGUUGCUGAAGCAGAUAUAGAUGAACUGGGCUUGUGUCCACUGGAUAACGACGAUCAUGAAGAAGGCGAUUUGAAAACACAGGCUGAAGAAACCAUUAAAACAGCUUCGCAGGAUGUAAGUGAGAACGAGGAGGUUCAAACUAAACUGGUUGCUGAAGCAGAUAUAGAUGAACUGGGCUUGUGUCCACUGGAUAACGACAGUCAUCAAGGAAGCGAUUUGAAAACACAUGCUGAAAAAACCAUUAAAACAGCUUCGCAGGAUGUAAGUGAGAACGAGGAGGUUGAAACUAAACUGCGUUUAAGGUCUCUUGAUAAGAGUAAGUCGCAGUAUUCUGAAAAUAAUGAACCUAUCAAAACAUUUGCGCAGAUUCAAGAAAAAGAAAUUUCAGUAAUUGACAAGGAAAACGAAAUUGGCGCAGAUGAUGACGCCUUUCCAGAAGAAGAAAUGCCUCCAUUACUUAUGGAUAUUGAAGACCAUGAGGAACCAAACAAAUCACAGCUCAACACAACGUUCGAUGCAGAUGACAAGCUGAACGCCGAUGAAAGUCUUAUUCUGAUUGUUAAUCCCGAUAAACAGCCAGAAGCAAGUACUUCUGAUCUCGAUGCAAGUGUUAUUCUCGUCGUCAGUCCAGAUAAAAAGCCAGACAUCUGUGCUCCCAACCCAGAAAUAAUUAAAGAGAAAUCGACAAUUAAAGUGGUUCUUACCACCGCCGAUGAUCAAAACCAAACCCUUUUGAAUCUCGCAGAUUUGGCUUCACCAAGAGCUUCAAAGCCCAAGAAAAAUAAAGGCUUUCGGUUCCCCACGCCAUACAAAGGAAAGCCCAUGUUAAAGUUUACGGAAACUUCGGAGGAACUUCGAAACCUCGGUAUUAAAAAAGAAGAUCCGAAAUAUGAACGUAAACGUUCCAAGUCGGCCAGCGAUUGGAAUGAUACCAUGUCGCGCACAGUAUGCUUUCAGAGUCCCAUUGAAAUUGUCCAUGUAGAUGAUAUUGAUGAGCGCUGGAAGGGACUCCAAAAGAGCAAUGUUAAUAGCCGCCCCAGGCGUUCAAAGUCAUUAGAUGAGAAUCGUUGCAAUGUGAGCAGGAUUCCCAAGCCAAGUAGAGGAAUUUUGCCACUAAACAGGACCAUCACUCCAAGCAAAUUAAAUAAGCGCACUAAGAUGCCUAAUUUCGCGGCUAUGCAUGAGAAACAGUUUGCUCAAAUGGAGAGCCUUUUGGAUCACGUCGAACGGAAGGCGGAACGCGCCAAAGUGCUAACCAAUUCUGUAAAGAAGCAACUUCCAGGCUCGGCGGCCAAGAAACCCCAAAGUGUCACAUCAGCGAGUGUGCACACCCAUCCAAAAGCGUUAAAAAAGAUCGAUAUGACUUCUGAUCGAACUAUAGUGGUUCCCGCCGAGAAGCUCAAUUCGUCUCGAUUGCCUUUAAAGAUCACAGCUCCUGCCCACAAUGUGGUUGCAAAGCCAGCCUUCAAUUUGUCCACCACCACGGUGAAGUCCUUCAAUGCCACGUUCACCGGCAGGCCGCUGGAAUCGCAGGAUAACAAGCUGGCAGAGCGCCGUCAGCGACGCAUUGAAAUGUUCAAGGGCAGGACAACGAAGGACCAAAAAGAAAAAGGACAGUUUAUCCGAGGUGUGCGCCUGAAUCGACGUUUUGAACUGCAGAUGCAACAUCGUCGACACCUGGAGGAGGAUUAGUACCUUAAGUUUUUCAUCGUCAAUCUUUAUUUACCCAUAUGCAUACUCUUACAUAUAUAUUCGCUUUAACCAGUAAAGUUUUUUCGGGGAAUUGUAUUCCAGUGGAUCAAAUUAUUAUUAUUAUAUUAUUAAUUAUUAACUGAGAAAAAGCUAUUGUUCUGUUUUAAUGGUUCUUACAAACUUUAGUUCGAGAUUUCAAAAAGUUACUUGUAUAUGCCCGAGUUC